AUGGACAGAGAAAGGUUCCAAAUGGAAAAGUUGAAAAUGGAAGCUGAUGAGAAAGAACGGGAACGUCAAAGGGCGGUGGAACUUGAGAGAGAUAAGUUGAAAAUGGAAGCUGAUGAGAAGGAACGGAAACGUCAAAGGGCGGUGGAACUUGAGAGAGAUAAGUUGAAAAUGAAAGCUGAUGAGAAGGAACGGGAACGUCAAAGGGCGGUGGAACUUGAGAGAGAUAAGAUGAAAAUGGAAGCUGAUGAGAAAGAACGGGAACGUCAAAGGGCGGUGGAACUUGAGAGAGAUAAGAUGAAAAUGGAGGCUGAAGAGAAAGAACGUGACCAUCAAAGAAAGCUUAAGCUGAGGUCAAGGCAAAGGAAAGUUGGAUUGGACCUUGAUGUGGACAUUGAGGAGAAUCAUGUGGAGUAUGGUAGCGAGGUGGAUACUAGACAGGUAACUGUGGUUGACCAGGACAAGGAUGAUAAUGUGAGUGUGGACACUGACAAUAGUAGUGAGAAUGUAUCUGGUCAUGACAAGGAUGAUAAUGUGAAUGUGGACACUGACAAUAGUAGUGAGAAUGUAUCUGGUCAUGACAAUGAUGAUACUGUGAGUGUGGACACUGACAAUAGUAGUGAGAAUGUAUCUGGUCAUGACAAGGAUGAUAAUGUGAGUGUGGACACUGACAAUAGUAGUGAGAAUGUAUCUGGUCAUGACAAGAAUGAUAAUAUGAGCGUGGACACCGACUAUAGUAGUGAGAAUGUAUCUGGUCAUGACAAGGAUGAUAAUGUGAUUGUGGACACUGACGAUAGUAGUGAGAAUGUAUCUGGUCAAGACAAGGAUGAUAAUGUGAGUGUGGAGACUGACAAUAGUAGUGAGAAUGUAUCUCGUCAUGACAAAGAUGAUAAUGUAAGAGUGGACACCGACAAUAGUAUUGAGAAUGUAUCUGGUCAUCACAAGGAUGAUAAUGUGAGCGUGGACGCCGACAAUAGUAGUGAGAAUGUAUCAUGUAAGGACAAGGAUGAUAAUGUGAGCGUGGGCACCGACAAUAGUAGUGAGAAUGUAUCAUGUAAGGACAAGGAUGAUAAUGUGAGCGUGGACGCCGACAAUAGUAGUGAGAAUGUAUCUGGUCAUGUCAAGGAUGAUAAUGUGAGCGUGGACUCUGACAAUAGUAGUGAGAAUGUAUCUCGUCAUGACAAAGAUGAUAAUGUAAGAGUGGACACCGACAAUAGUAUUGAGAAUGUAUCUGGUCAUCACAAGGAUGAUAAUGUGAGCGUGGACGCCGACAAUAGUAGUGAGAAUGUAUCAUGUAAGGACAAGGAUGAUAAUGUGAGCGUGGGCACCGACAAUAGUAGUGAGAAUGUAUCUGGUCAAGACAAGGAUGAUAAUGUGAGUGUGGACACUGACAAUAGUACUGAGAAUGUAUCUGGUCAUGACAAGGCUGAUAAUGUGAGCGUGGACACUGACAAUAGUAGUGAGAAUCUAUCUGGUCAUGACAAGAAUGAUAAUAUGAGCGUGGACACCGAUUAUAGUAGUGAGAAUGUAUCUGGUCGUGACAAGGAUGAUAAUGUGAGCGUGGACACCGCCAAUAGUAGUGAGAAUGUAUCUGGUCAUGUCAAGGAUGAUAAUGUGAGCGUGGACGCCGACAAUAGUAGUGAGAAUGUAUCUGGCCAUGACAAGAAUGAUAAUAUGAGCGUGGACACCGAUUAUAGUAGUGAGAAUGUAUCUGGUCAAGACAAGGAUGAUAAUGUGAGUGUGGAGACUGACAAUAGUAGUGAGAAUGUAUCUGGUCACGAGAAGGAUGAUAAUGUGAGCGUGGACACUGACAAAAGUAGUGAGAAUGUAUCUGGUCAUGUCAAGGAUGAUAAUGUGAGCGUGGACGCCGACAAUAGUAGUGAGAAUGUAUCAUGUAAGGACAAGGAUGAUAAUGUGAGCGUGGACACUGACAAUAGUAGUGAGAAUCUAUCUGGUCAUGACAAGAAUGAUAAUAUGAGCGUAGACACCGACUAUAGUAGUGAGAAUGUAUCUGGUCAAGACAAGGAUGAUAAUGUGAGUGUGGACACCGACAAUAGUAGUGAGAAUGUAUCAUGUAAGGACAAGGAUGAUAAUGUGAGCGUGGGCACCGACAAUAGUAGUGAGAAUGUAUCUGGCCAUGACAAGAAUGAUAAUAUGAGCGUAGACACCGACUAUAGUAGUGAGAAUGUAUCUGGUCGUGACAAGGAUGAUAAUGUGAGCGUGGACUCUGACAAUAGUAGUGAGAAUGUAUCUGGUCAUGACAAGGAUGAUAUACCUGUAACGUCACUACUGAGAACGAACCAAUAA